AUGCUUUUUGCUCGUUCACCAAGGACACCAACAAGUCUACCAACUCCAACUCCGCAAACACCCCAUGUGCAAGACAACACACCACUAAGCCCAGAAAAUGACACGACAAAAGUACCGCAUCGAUGGGGCCAUUCCAGCAUGAUGCCCGUGGACGAUGACUGUCUUCCCGAAGUCAGACAGUUCAGCGACUUGGAAGUCCCAACACAUUAUCCUCUUGGCGCCAUCCCAGAGGCUGUCAAUCAGGAUGCUCUUCCCGAAGUCAAAUCGCACAUCGCCAUCAGCGCCAACUUCAACCAACCACCAAGCUCACAAUCGACAUCGCGGCCAGCCACAGCAAGCCAAACACAAUCGCAACCAACAACGACACUACCACCACGUCCCGGGUCAGCAAGACGAAAAUUAUGGAUCGUUCUCGGGAGUGCCGUCGCCCUAUUAUUAGCAACCAUAGCAAUAGCACUUGGUCUCGGCUUGGGACUCGGGCUCAGCAAGAAAAAUGAUACUCCCUCAUCCUCAACGUCCUCAAACACAACAGGAUCCCCCUGCCAAAGUGAUAGCACAAGAAUCUUCCGACGGACAAUGGCUGCUGCCGUCUUCAACGGUUCUCUCCACAUCUUCUCCCGAGGCCGAGACAGCAACAUUUGGUUUCGCUCGUGGGGAAUUCAACCUGAAGGAAAUAAUGCCCCUGCAACUUGGACCACCGACUGGGUAACCCUUGCCGAAGGUCCCGGCAUGGAACUCAUGCCCUUCAUCGGGGCACCAACAGUCAUCACCUCGACAGACGGGAGCCGCAUGGAUGUCUUCGCCACAAGCACCAUGUCAGGCAAUGUCAACACGAUCAGGUUCACAAAGGCCAAUCGGACGACAGAGUGGGAAAGCCUGGGAGGUUUCGGUCUCAGCUCUAUCGCGAUUUGCAAUUCACCAUUGGCGGACAAUUCGUCAGCACCGACAUACGACAUGUGGAUGUUGGGGAAGAAUUCGACGACCGUUAUCAAGAACACUUGGGACACUUCCAAGAAGAUAGGUGGCUGGGACGAGACGAGUAUUCCCGUCCUCGCCAGUUCCGGAACAAGCCCUGCCGUUAUCUGCAGCAAGCACGACCCUGAAUAUACCGUUUUCACCUUUGGCCAAGGGACAGACGAGCUAAGAAGCACUCGUUUUUCCACCGCUAACAAUAUCUGGAGCUCAUGGAAUCCAUGGGGCCACAAUUUCCGGGGAGAUCCGGUGGCAGUCUCCGUCGACGAGGGUCGCGUGAUAUACUUUUUUGGUGUGGGGACAAACUCGAACAUGUAUCACUUCACCUGGGAAGAGGGCAUCGAAUCGGAGCCAAGGUCUAUCGGGGGUAACUGGAGCAGUAUCCCCAGUGCAGUGAUUAUCGGCGCCGGGACCAAGGAUGAGCAGAUCCACGUCGUUGCGUUGGAUCAAGAAAGAAAGCUGCAGCAUAGAACCUUUGGUGAUUUUGGUGGAGGGCGAAAGUGGCAAGCUACCAGGUGGGAGAAGCUGGAAAAGAAAGGGAAUAGUGCCCCGCUGGUGUUUUCAUAUCCGGAUGCAAAGGGCAAGGAACAGAUUGGGUUAGCGAUGUUGGAUGAUGAUAAUCAUCUAUUGUUUGCCACUUGGGAAGCGAGUAAUGAUACUUUGUGGGUGAAGUCGAUUUCCUGGGUACAGGCUGAGGGUUACUUGAUUAAUGAGAGCGUUUGCAUUUGA